AUGACUGAGAUUUAUUUCAAAUUCCAUGGAAACUUGACUGGACGCAUUCACUAUCCAACUAUGGCUACAGAAGUAGACAAAGCAGCAGAUAAAUAUUCUGGUCUCUAUGUGUAUGUGGGAUUGUUCUUAACAGUUCUGGCUAUCCUUCUCAUAUUGCUUUUCACCUUGCUUUUGCGCCUGAAGCAUGUUGUUUCCCCAGUCACCACACCUCCAGAGAGCACUGAGAAUGUCCAGCAGUUCACAGAUGUGGAAAUGCACUUCAGGAUUCCUACCACUUAGAGACCCCCAUGAAAAGAUGUGGUGGAAGGAACUUCUGCCCACCUGUAUGAGCCCUGUAACUUACUGCAUAACCAUCAACAGCAGCACAAAAGACCUGGUGUCAUGAACUCAGACACUGGCUGGGACCCACUGGCUGUUCACCAGGCAACGUGUACAAGACCCUCAAUAAAACUUACAUUAUGAAAAUCACUGCUAUCAGACUCGUAAUCCUCUAAAAACCCUUUCAGAAUAUGAUGAGAAGUGUAACCAGGAAAGAUAAAACAAAGAGGUGCAUAUCAGAACACGUACUGGAGUCUGUAUUUGCUGUCCUAUUGCUCUGCCUUUAAAUUCCUCACCUGAGAAGA